GAGAAGAAGUAAACGUAGUUUCGUUCGUCAAAAUUUGCAGUUUAUUCCUUUUUAAUCCAUUUUUGUUAAUGUGUCUAUGGUAAAACCCAAAAUUGGGUACCUUGGAUAUCAUCUACGUAUAAGAUAGAAAUUCGCACCUUUGCUAACUUACGGCCUAGAUAUCGUAACAAAAAUAUGUGUAUUAUAUAGAAUUUCAAUGUUUUCUCGUUAUACAAGUGUACAAACGUAAUUGUUAAGGGUGAUAGUAACUGCUAGUUCUCUCAAUACUAAAAGUAAGACAGCGGACAAGCCGUUUCAACAAAAUGGUCUCGAGAAACAAUUUUCAACAAAACCGGGCAAUGCAACAACAACGCUCCCAAAGCGUGCGUGCUGCAAUAGCGCCAUACAAAAAACCAUUUCGACCCCAGAUGGGAAUGGGAAUGGUGGGCAAUCAACUUGGCGGAGGCAAUCAAAUGAGAGGAGGCAAUCAAAUGAUGUAUUCUUCCAGCCAGAUGCCGAGUGAUCCAUUAUACAUAGAUUUCAACAAACCCACACCACCGACAAACGUGCAACAGCAACAACAGUCAACACAGAACACAUCUGCAGGCGAUGGUUUGCAAAACAAGAAGAAGCAACUGAAAGGAAAGUCGCCGAAGGGAAAACAGCUGCAGCAGCACUUCAAUGCUCAGUAUGGAGGCGGAAAUGGAGGCAACAAAGGCGGCUCCAUGAACAUGAAUGGCGGUGUCGGUAAUAAUUGGCAACCAAAACAGCGUUUCCAGCCACCCAAUCGUUUUAAUGGAGGCGGAAGUGGUGGCGGCGGCGGCUUUAAUAGAGUACAAAUGGGAGGACCACCGAAUCGCGGCGGACGCAACAUGAUGUCUCCUAUGGGCAUGGGUCCGAUGGGACCACACGGUGGUGGCCCAAUGCCACCAUUUCCACCGAUGCCCUUUCAACCACAGAUGCCGUCCAUGCGAGGACCCAUGCCACCGAUGGGCGGUGGCGGUCCAAUGCCGCACUUCAUGCGGCGUAACGGACGCGGUGCCGGUCCUGGUCCCGGUCCAAUGCCACCGAUGAUGGGACCACACAUUGGGAUGGGAAUUGGGCCGCGAAUGCCGCCGCGCGGCAUGCCUCUGAAUGGACCACCACCAUUCAAUAUGGGCGGGCCCGGCAAUAUGGGCGUUAUGCACAUGAAUGGCAACACAAAUGGCGGAAAAAUCAAGAAACCCAAUGCCAAACUGGUAAAGCAGGCCGUCAAAGGCAAAAGCACCAUCAAAACGCUUAAAAACUUGGUCAAUCAGUAUCCCAUUGACAAGCCAUGGGUAACUGAUGAAAUCCGUGCCGAGCAUGCGAUAAAAACCGAUAUAGAAAAACGCUUGCAAGGUCACAAAGAUGAUGAGCUUUUCGCUCAGUUCAAGGUGCAGCGCGACAAGUUUGUGUCCUUGUAUGAGGCGGCCCGUGAGGAGUAUUUGAAGCAGGAAGCCGCUUCCGUUAUGGCCAAGGAUGCCAAAGACAAAGACAAAAAUGCAAAUUCAAAUCAGAACGCCGCCGCAAAGGUCGGAAAUACAAAAGAUGCAACAAUUCCAAAAACAAUUAAAACCGAUUUAAAUACAAAAGCCAAGCAGCAGCAACAGAACAAGGCUGAAAAUUAGGAGGGCAUUCAAACUCCAUAUAGAAUUUAUAUACAAUCGCUGGCUGUAUAAUUCAUAAGCAGCUUAAUCAAGAAGUAAUCAAAUCAAAUCAUCUCAACUCAGAAAUAAAAACAAGGAUGAACAGAACUAUAGUUAAAUACAACUUUUGAGCACAGGCAGAACAUAUUCAACUCUAUCUCUCUCUCUCUCUCUUUAUCUCUCUCAGAACUAUUGAAAAUGAAUAAUGAAAAUAACAUCAUACAUUUGUUACAACUUUUGUGACUGAGAGAUCUGAGCUUAAAUUUAAUUAAAAUGUAAAGCUAAUGCAA